AUGCCAUCCGGGACUAAGGACUACUUCUACGCGGAGAACUACUUCGACUACGCGGUUCAAUUGCGUUCGUUCAACAACUACACCAGUAUACCGGAGACUCACGUCGGUCACUGGAGCUCGUUGACUCGCAUUGUCUUGGUGAUCCUGACGCGCAUCGGCUUCGUCCUCGUCCAAAUCGGCAGCGUGCCAGUGAACAACGUUAACCUGAUCCUCCUGCAAAAUGUGGUCGAUCUGUGUUGCGUUACCGUCAUAUACUUUCUCACCGGGUUCCUCAUCGCCUACAACGGCGACCUGGCUGGUCUCACCGGCCAAGGUCGCUGGAUCGGCGACCCCACGAUCGACAAGGAUGAAGCGAUUGUAGGCUGGCAAGCGGUGGCGAUCACCUCAGCGAUCUGCACCACCGCUGUCGUCGGCAGGAUCCACACAUUAGGAUACCUGCUGACGGGUGUCGCCUUGGCGGGCUUGAUACAGCCGCUCCUCAUCCAUUGGGCCUGGACUGCCAACGGAUGGAUGACUGAGAGCAAUUUGGCUGACAGGAGAGUCGUCUUCAAGGACUACGCUGGCGCGGCAGUAGUUCACGUAGUCGGAGGACUCUCCGGACUGAUCGGCUGCGUCGUCCUCGGCAGGAGGAUGCUCAAGCUGAGGGAUCUGGACGACGCGAGCAUUACCGCCGGCUCUGCCGGGACUGUUUUUGGGGGACUGCUAUUGAUCUUUGUCGGACUGCAAGGCUUGUGCACCAGAACGUACAGUCAUGACAGGUUCCGCGUGCUCGAGCGAGAUCCGUCGCACGCGUACGUUAACAAUCUGCUGGCUGCCUCGUCGUGUUCGCUGCUGAUCGUGGCCCUGCACUUUGCACUUAGCCGGGAAGCCUUCAAUCAUUGGACAGUAAUGCGCUGCGUCCAAGGGACGAUCGCCGGUGUGGUCGCGGUGUCAGCUGCGGCGAACGAUUAUUCUCCGCAAGCGGCGAUCGGCUUGGGUUGCCUGGCCGGCGUUGUGUUCUACCUGAUCUCCAGGCGGGUGUUUCACAGCGCCUUGGAAGAUUACUGCAAUGUCACAGCUAUACAUCUGAGUUGCGCAAUUCUCGGCAGCCUCGCCGCGCCGAUCUGUGCUGCGCGAGCCGAUGAGGAUGUCGCGACGAUAUUGUUGAACUUCUCUUGGCAUCUGAUCUGUCUGGUGACCCUGCUGACUUUGGUCGGCACGACAAUGUUGUUGCUCUUCGGCCUGCUGCAAUGUUGCGGUGUACUUCGCAACAGAUCGGAAUGCUUGAAUCAUGUACGGGCUAACGCCGCGAUGGACAGAGGCCCGCCGCGUUCGUUUCUGCAGAGACUCUUUUUCCCUGACAGUGGUUGCCUUUACCUGCAACCAGGCUCGACUGCUGGGACCGAACGCCAACCGAGCGUCGGUUCUAGGUUCUGGAAAUAUCAGACGGAGAUAGACAAGCUCGAGGGAGGCAGACCCGUUGUUGCGGAUAAGCCGGUUGCGAACGUCGAAGCUGAGGAUAACUUUGCGCAAGUUCAAGCGCCAGGAGCAAGAGUAAAGAAAGCGAGACAAGUACACACUUUAUCCGUGAGUGCUCCAGUGUUUGUGAAAGAGGAAGGUGGUAUUGGCGAGUCGAUUAAUCAGGAUUUGCCGGAGAUUGGGAAGAAAUUGUUUCUUGGACGAGAAAUCAAAUACAGCUUGGAUCCCAUCGAAGAAAUAGACGAAGAGGGUUCGAAGGAAUUCGAAAUGACGGAAAACACCUACAACGGAGAGAAGAAAAAUUCAAUAUUGACGGAAAAUUUUAACACACCCGCAGAAUCCAAAGACCCGGAAAAUUAUCAGCUUCGUAGAACUGUAAAAUUGACAAAUUUGCAUCACGAAUUUAGCCGAGAAGAUUUGAAAGUUGUGCUAGGACCGAGACGGCUGGAUUCUUCAUCCAGCGACUCGUGCGACGAAGACGGUGCCGUCAUGAGGACGAUGGACUCGAGCGAAUCUAGGCAAAGCAUCGCAACAAGCAACAAUUCAUCGUUUUACAGCGAGCAUUAGGAGGAUUAAUCUCUCGCCAGCGCAAAUGCGAUUUCGUACAAACGCACAGAAUGUAUUUGCAUGCAAUGCAAAUGCAGCGAACUUACCAAAGGGCCAAAAGCGGUAUCGAUUUCGCGGAACUAGAACAAUAGAGGAUAUUUGUGAGGCUUUGAAGAAGGGAUAGCUACGAGCCACAGGAUACUACAUGUUGUAUCGCGCUGUUUCGAAAUUGUUCCAGUUCCGGAUUUCAUACGAAUCAAAUUUUUAGUUGAACUAGAUUGCAUUUUUGCCUUUAGAGUAAAACCACUAUGCAGUGCGGCAUUGAAGGGAAAAAGAAAGGCAUUUCCAAUGCAGCAUUAGUUCAGCUAAAAAAAA